GUGUGUGCCCUAGCAGAGAAAUUAGAGUUUUUUUUUUUUUUUUUGUUUUUUCACUGUCAAAAUUUUCGCGCGAAAAUGGAAUCCGAAGGGCAAAAAGCCUCGUUGAACCCAUCGGCAAUGCUUACUUCUCUUCUUGGCAGGAGAGCCAAGCUCCACGAAGAGCUUCGAAUCAUCGAGAAGCAGGUCUAUGAUAUGGAGACUAGUUAUCUACAGGACCCGAGCCAAUGUGGCAAUGUGCUGAAAGGUUUUGAAGGGUUCCUAUCUGCAACUAAGAACACUGCCUUCUUGAAGCGGUCUAGGAAGUUUCAGCCUGAAGAUAGGCUCUUCUCAUUAUCUUCAGUCACCUCACCAGCUGCUGAAGAGCUUGCCGCUGGACGAGAUGAUGGGAGAUCAGACUAUGGUCUUGGUCGGUCUAAGGGUGGAGGUAUUUACGCAAAUGGCCAGGGAAAGCCGAAGAAGGGAAGAGCUGGGCCAAGGGAUGCAAAACGAAUGAGGUCUUCAGGUGAUCCGGAUUUUGACUAUGAUGAUGAUCCUGAUGUGACAUUGUAAAUUUUCUUGUAUACCUAUCUCCUAAAAAAAAGAGAAAAAGAAAAAGAAAAAAGAAGACAUUGUAAAUUUUGCUUGCACUGAAUGAAAUGUGAUUUGGCUUUUCUGUGUA